GUUUAUUGUUUAAAAAAAAAUAGUUUAUUUGUCGAAAUCAAGAGCCUCGAGUGAUCAAUAAAGUUAGGAUGAAACUCAGGGGUGGUGGAACUAACAAUCUAAACCGGCCAAGAAGAGUGAUCACCGGGCGCGUUUAUGAAAAGUUCAAGCCUAUCUUUGAAUGGAGACAAGAAGAUGAUCAUGAUAAUCUUCUCGUUUAUCUUCUUGGAUUCCGAAAGGAGUUUAUAAAGGUUACAACUGAAAAUCCAAACAUCCUUAGAAUUCGUGGGGAGUGUCUUGUAUCCGGAAACAAAUGGAAUCGUUUUCAGGAAGAUUUUACAGUUCCUGAAACAUGCGAAAAGAGCAAAAUCCGCGCCAAAUUCGAUGGCGGAAUCCUCAGCAUUACCAUGCCUAAGAAGAUGACGAAUGCACCCACCACCACUUUCCCACAACAACCAUCGUUUGUGAGUAGUGACAAUACAAAUCCAAACAAUCAAGGAAAAGUUGAACAUAAGCAAUCACACCGAAUCAAAGAAAAUGAACCAUCAAUUGAGAAGAUCAUAAAGACAAAGACAAGUAUGGAUUCAAAAAUGAAGGAUAAAUUAGAAAGGUGUAAGAUGAUAGUGAAAAGGUUAGCCAUAGGAGGGAUGAAUGAUGGGAGAAUGGUGGUAGUGAACAUGGUGGCAAUGGUAUUGUUGGUAGCGGUAUCUUGGGGUUUAUGUUUCGUACUUCAUUGGAACCUCAGAUGAAGGGAAUCAAUUAAGCAACAUAUUGCCAAGGAAUUUGUGUGUGUUUGUCAAUUUAAUGAGACAAAUAUUUAUGGUUCAUGAGUUCAAACACCCAAAAACAAAUAAGUAUCUGAAUACAUUUAUAAGAC